GACAUCACAGGCUAGGGAACAGUAGGCAGGCAGUGAAGCAUGCAGGCAGCCGACUAGCCAGUGAGUCCAGGUCUUUGGGUCAGGAGCCGGUCUGACCAUAAAAUGGAGAGUCUGUGCAUGUUCUAGGUUUUAGGAAUAUAUGCAUUGGAAAAUAUCAAAGGAAAACACAAGUAGACUUCCAAGGAUACAGCCAAGGAAUAUGAAAACAUGUUUAAGAUCUGUGGCGGGAGUGACGGUUAGAGAUCAGGAAGAUGGUAUCUCAGCUUCUCUCUAACGGCCAUAGUGAGUGCAAAAAAAGAUGUCCGAUAGUGUUGAUAUUGAAGAAAAGCCACCUGCACCCCCUUUAAGAAUGAACAGUAGUUCCCGUGACCCUUCUUCAGUACACAGUUCAAAACCACUUCCAAUGGCUCCAGAGGAGAAGAACAAGAAAGCCCGUCUCAGGUCCAUCUUUCCCGGGGGAGACAAAACCAAUAAAAAGAAAGAGAAAGAGCGUCCAGAGAUAUCCCUGCCUUCUGAUUUUGAGCACACCAUCCAUGUAGGCUUUGAUGCAGUAACGGGGGAAUUCACUGGUAUUCCAGAGCAAUGGGCUCGGUUAUUGCAAACCUCUAAUAUUACUAAGCUGGAACAGAAGAAAAACCCUCAGGCUGUAAUAGAUGUUCUCAAGUUCUACGACUCCAAAGAGACAGUCAACAACCAGAAAUACAUGAGCUUCACAUCAGGAGAUAAAUCCGCUCAUGGUUACAUUGCAGCCAAUACUCUGAAUCACCUCCUGUCUUCUGGGCCACCUGUCAGCCUUAGAACCUGCAGCGCAUUAUAUGAAAAGCAAGGGGCUAAGACGACUUCUGAACCUCCUAUUGUACCUCCGAUGUCUGAAGAAGAAGAUGAGGAAGAGGAGGAUGAAGAGGAAGAAGAUGAGGAUGAUGAUGAGGUUCCACCCAUUAUUGCCCCACGACCUGAGCACACCAAAUCUAUCUUCACUCGCUCCGUUAUUGAGCCAGCUGCACCUCCUGCUUCUGUUAAAGAGGACAGGACCCAUCCAGAUUCUCAAGUACAGCCAGAGAACAUGUCCAGUACACUAUACGGUCACACUGACCGACAGAGGAAAAAAUCCAAGAUGACAGAUGAGGAAAUACUGGAAAAACUCAGAAGCAUUGUUAGUGUUGGCGAUCCUAAGAAGAAAUACACACGUUUUGAGAAAAUAGGACAAGGGGCAUCUGGGACAGUAUACACAGCUAUAGACAUUGCCACAGGACAAGAGGUGGCAAUCAAACAGAUGAAUCUGCAGCAGCAGCCAAAGAAAGAGCUCAUUAUAAAUGAGAUCCUUGUGAUGAGGGAAAACAAAAAUCCCAAUAUAGUCAACUACUUGGAUAGUUUUCUAGUAGGAGAUGAGCUGUGGGUGGUGAUGGAAUAUUUGGCAGGUGGUUCACUUACUGAUGUGGUAACCGAGACCUGCAUGGAUGAGGGACAGAUUGCUGCAGUGUGCAGAGAGUGUCUACAGGCUCUGGAUUUCCUUCAUUCUAAUCAGGUGAUUCAUAGAGAUAUCAAGAGUGAUAACAUUCUGCUUGGCAUGGAUGGUUCAGUGAAACUGACGGAUUUUGGGUUCUGUGCUCAGAUCACACCUGAGCAGAACAAGCGUAGCACCAUGGUGGGCACACCCUACUGGAUGGCUCCAGAAGUCGUAACCCGGAAAGCCUAUGGCCCAAAAGUAGAUAUCUGGUCCUUGGGUAUCAUGGCAAUUGAAAUGGUGGAGGGAGAGCCACCAUAUCUGAAUGAGAACCCACUUAGGGCCCUUUAUUUAAUUGCAACAAACGGCACUCCAGAGCUACAAAAUCCUGAGCGGCUAUCCUCAGUGUUUCGUGACUUCCUGAAAGGCUGUCUGGAGAUGGAUGUAGAACGAAGAGGGUCAGCUAAAGAAUUGUUGCAGCAUUCGUUCCUGAAGAUUGCCAAGCCCCUUUCCAGCUUGACUCCACUGAUUGUAGCUGCCAAGGAAGCCAUCAAGAAUAGCAGCCGUUAAGAUCAUCCCCUUACCCACACACACAAGCAUACACAUCCACCCAGACACACAUACACAGAGCGCAAGUACACCGUGUUUACGUGUGAUGGCACAAUUACACAAUAUCUGAAUCUGGACAAAAACACAUGCAUUGCCCUUAUAAGGGUGAUUGACAGCUGUUCAAGGCCUUUGAGGUGGGAUUGGCCCUGGUCCUUGCCCUCAAACAUGUAUAUGGAACUGCCACACUAGUCCAUCAGUGUGUGUCCACCUCUAAACAUCUGGAAAGGGGAUAGAAAAACUGAAAAAACAACUCCUGUGUUCAUUCUCUCUGGAAUCAAAGAUGAUGUGUAUUACAGUAGACCUCAAGAAUUAUCAAGUUUAUUCUCUUAUUUAAUAUAUUAUGAACUGUCUUGUA